GUAAAUAGUACUCUCUCUGAAAGUCCCACUCGUAGUCUCUCACACAACAAUUUGAGUGAGAACGGAGCAGCUGGAGAGGGAGAGAGAGAGGAGGGAUGAUGAGAGCAGUUGAAAUUGCGACUCGGAGCUUGCAUUCGGUGGUAAAUAGCCUUCGCCUCAUCAAAUUCUCUCUUCGCGCUCCUAAAUCGGUGGAGGUCGAAUUUGAUAAUGGCAGUGCAUAUAAUCUGUCAGCUGAAUACUUGCGAGUAUAUAGCCCUGCAGUUGACAGUAAGAUCAGAUCAGUCGGAGGAGAAAAGGUUAUAGCCGGGAGGCGUAAUGUUGGGAUCAUGUCUGCAGAACCUGUGGGGAACUAUGGGGUGAGAUUACUUUUCGAUGACUUGCAUAAAACAGGGAUCUUCACAUGGGGUUACUUUUAUCAUCUUGGUAGCAACAAGUUUUCGCUCAUGAGAAACUACCUCGAAACUAUAAAGAAACAUGGCCUUAGCCGUGACCCAAAACCAAGGAAGUGAAGUGUGUACUUUUAGGUGUCGGUUUGAAUGCUGGAGAAGAUCGACUGAGGCCCAUUUGAGAGUGGGAAGAUAGGAUGUUCGUUCUUUUCAGUUAAGAUGAAUUGUCCAGAGUCAUUCUUCAAGAUCCUUGAUCUGCUGCAGGUGAAGUAGAUUACAUUAUGUCGGAUUACAUUCUUCGAUCUUGUACCAAAUGAAAUUUAUAUUAUCUGUAGACUAUUUGUUGCAGCAAUAGCAGUAGAAUAAUAGUAUGACUCUGCUAAAUAGCUAAGAAUCUGAAAUGUUGCCCUCAAAUAGAUUCUUGAAAACAUAGAAUUCCAUAAUCUUUGGCAAUGACACAAUAUUUUUCCUCA